UGUAUUGUUUAUUUUAUAGGUUAGCUUUAUCAACAAAAAGGUUCUUAAAAAAAUGCUAAAGAAAGCUUACUGCUAUUUGUGCUUGUCUGUUAAUAAAAGAACUAUUAAUAUUUUUAAAACAAACCUGCAGUGUCUUUAUGAGAAGCUCGCAGACUUAAAGCUAACCGAGAAUGAAUGUUGGAUGUGCUACAUCUGUCACACAAGGCUGCAGCAGUGUCUCCGGCUGCAGCAGUUGGCCAUGCAGACUCGAGGCCUCAUCGAUGGUGUUUUCCAGAAUAAGAUCAAAAUCGAGUGUGGAGCCAUCAAAUCUUUAUUGGAACUAUCACAGUCCAAGACGAAAAUCACUUCUGAAACUCACACAUCUUCGAGUUGUGUGAAACAGGAGGCUGUUAUAGAUCGUCCAUAUGUUGACGAUCACAAUGAAACACAAUAUGCGAGUAAUUCAAAAGAAGAAAAGAAAUGUAUAAAAUUUGAAGUGCAGCCAGUGAAACAGGAAUAUCUAGAGGGCAGAGAGCAAACAGCUUGGCCGGAACAGAAUUUACAUGCGGUUAUGAAAAUAGAAAUAGAAGCUCUAGGUACAGAACAAGACGAGCAAGAAAUCGCAAACGACAGCGAAGGAGUCAAUUCUCAGAGUCACAAGAAGCCGCUGACCUGUGAAGUUUGUUUGAAAACGUUCACAUACAAAAGCCAGUUAGUACGGCAUACUAUUAUCCAUAUCAAUGAAAAACCCCACAACUGUGAUGUGUGCGGAAAGAAAUUCGCAGAUAAGAACAAUUUGAAGAAGCACCAACGAACGCACACUGGUUACAAACCAUAUAAUUGCGAGGUGUGCUCGAAGAAAUUCAUUCAACGGAGCGCUCUGACUAAUCAUAUGAGAACACACACUGGUGAAAAACCGUUCUCCUGCGAUGUGUGCUCAAAAAAGUUUUCUAUGAAACCGUCGCUGGAGAUCCACAUGAAAAUACAUACGGGUGACAAGCCGUACUCCUGCGAUUACUGUGAGAGGAAAUUCAUAGAGCGGAGUACGCUGUUGAACCAUAUAAAGACACAUACAGGCGAGAAACCGUUCAUGUGUGACAUUUGCUCUAAAAAGUUUUCCAUGCGGGCAGCUCUGAAUAAUCAUAUGAGAACACAUACGGGUGAUAAACCGUUUAGCUGCGAAAUAUGCUUUAAGAAUUUCUCAAGAACCAGUCAUUUGUCGAGGCAUAGGAAGAAUAUUCAUAACCGUAUAGGCCGAGCGCAGGUUUAACAUCAUACAUAAUUUGGUAGGGUUAUCAUGUACUAUUAAAUAAAUAUUUAUGAUACUACAUCGUUUGGUCGGGUUAUGUGAAUGUUAGUUGUGUAGUCGACUAGUUCUAAUUAAAUUAUACCGUGCAAGAAAGGUUUAAAAUGUACACAUUUAUUACCGCACUCAGAGACGAAUAUUAAUUACUUGAUUGCUACCUUGACUGUAAUUAAAUGUACCAUUAAUGAAAUUGAUUCAUAGGCAGUUUACAGACGUUUUAAGUCAAUUCAGUGAGAGCCAGUCCACACGGUGCGUUGCAUACUCUGUUCUCCUCCGUCACUGAUGUGCUCGACGCUGUAAGGUUACAUUAUAAGAGAAUGCUCCCUGUCAGGGAGCAGCUUAAUUGCAUUCCGGUUAAAGCAGUGUUACCAACAAUUGAAAAAACUCUCAAAAGAAAACAAAGCAAUAAAGAACAAUUAAUGAUAAU